GACAACGUGGCCACUCUUGGACAACAGACCCAGUCUCUGACCAUGAUAAAAAGAUCAACAUUCACCGUGUGGUGCAUCGACUUGCCCUUAUGGCAGGUCAAGCUGGAGGUCAGGAGGAAUACAGGAUGAAAGACAACAUGGCCACUCUUGGACAGAAACAGUCUCUGACCAUGACAAAAAGAUCAACAUUCACCGUGUGGUGCAUCGACUUGCCCUGUGGAAGGUCACGCUGGAGGUCAGGUGAAAUACAGGAUCUGGGAGCACUCGAUGAAAUCCAACUGAAGCUGAAGCAGCCAAUACCACGACAGAGUGAUGCUGCAUGGAAUAUGCUCCGUGGAUCAACCGGACAAGAAAAGAAAGGAAAAAGGAAAAUGAUCUUGAUCCAGAUUUAGCUCACUGAAGAGCUAGUCUACCACUUGUCGUGACAGAGAGAACAGAUGAUAAUGUACAGUAUUUGCAGGUUCAUUGUACCAAGGAAAUUCCCCUAGCUCUUUUCGAAAAGCACAAUGAACAGUGGACCACGGCUUAACGUCCUGUCUUAAGGACUGCAACCCUUUCUGGUAACGUGCAUGUUGGGUGAGCGACACAGCUGGAAGAAAAGGGGACGACCUAACCUCAGACACUUAAGAAUGUACCAGAGGAAGAGGUUGGACUAAAGGACCGUAACCUGCUAGACGCCUUGCUAGAUGCCUAGAGCAACAUCAUUAGAGUCACCUCAUAUUACAAGGACAAACUGAACUGUGCUCCACUUCACUACGUAGCCCUACUUGCCACAUCAAAAGAAGGGGUCUAUAAAAGAUUAUAGAUCUCCCUCAAGCUGACUUGGACUGCAGGUACCAGAUUCAGGCCCCCGUGAACAUCAUGGUAACAGCCCUCACCUUUCUGCACCAGAUCAUGAUGCACCUGCUCCACUUAACAAACCCUAGUAUGUACAUCAACAAAACCUACUUGUCAACAUCUCUGACAACACUGCAAUGCUCUGGAACAGGCGUUUGAAAUCAUUGACAACUUUCGUCCGUGGCACCUUUCUUCUGACCACAGCAGAUUGAGGCUGAGUGUAACUCAUUGCCAUGGCACAGAUUGACUGUUCAGUGACACAAGUUGAAGACUUAGGUGCUAACAACCACUUCUAUGACAUACGUCAACGCCCUUAAGCCCAGCUACUAAAACUAAUGCUUGGUGGCCAUAGCACAGAAAAGAUGGGCUGGGCCAGUACUCUUCCGCUACUUGCACAUUCUAGUCACCCGAAUUCUUACACGAACAAAGGCAAUAUCAUGGCAAGACCAAUUUGAAAGUAAAAGGGAAAAAGUAAAAGUGAUAUCGAUCCAGUUAAGCUCACUAAAGAACUAUAUAUCCAUUGGGUAAUGACAGAAAAGACAGUCUAUGAACAUAUGUACAUUACUUCCAAUGUCAUUGUUCCGGAGACAUUCACAAUGAUCAGUGGACCAGAGUCCUAAGGACUACAACCCUUUCCAUCUAUGCAUGUCGAAUGAGCAACACAGAAUAAAAAGAUGGUCUGUCUGCUGCCAAACUUCAUUGCCCAAAUAAAUAUGCCUGCCUGCUGCCGAAGGCCAUCGCCCAAAAAAAAAGAUGGCUGCUGCCGGAGGUCAUUGCCAAAGAAAAGAUGCCUGUCUGUUGCCGAAAGUCAUUGCCUAAAUAGAUAUGCCUGCCUGCUGCCGAAGGUCAUCGCCUAAAAAAAAAGAUGGCUGCUGCUGCCGGAGGUCAUUGCCAAAGAAAAGAUGGCUCACAGCUACUGUCGGAGAUCAUCGCAAAAAAAGAUACCUAUUUGCUUCCAAAGGUUAUUGCCCAAAAGAAUAUGCCUGCCUGCCUGCUGCAUCGCCAAAAAAAAAGGUGGCCACUGCUGUCGGAGGUCAUCGCAAAAAAAGAUACAUGUCUGCUGCC